UGCAACCUAGUCCCUUAUUGUGAAACAAAGACAUAUAUCAGGCCGUUCGCGUCUGCUGCAAUAUCAAUGUGAGCGGACAUAUUUCAAUAUACAGCUUUUUUAGCAGCAAGAAUGACCUCAGGCAAAUUUCACAACUGUACCACAGUGUCACCAGCAUGCCCGGUGUCGGGGACAACAUAUGGCUAUAUCCCUAAUGCUCCUGCAAAUUAUACACUCGCCGUGGUGUUUGGUAUCUGCGCUUUGUUGCAACUGGCCCUCGGUGUGUUCUUCCGUACGUGGACCUUCAUGAUCGCCUUGGCCGCCGGUUGUAUCAUGGAACUCGUGGGCUAUAUCGGGCGUAUCAAACUGCGCCACAACGUUUGGAAUAGAUCAGCAUUCAGUCAGCAAAUUGUGUGCUUGAUCAUCGCUCCAUCCUUCAUUGCGGCUGGCAUAUACCUCUCCCUCAAACAUAUUGUCCUCUACCUUGGUCCUCAACAUUCAAGAUUAAAACCAAGACUAUACACCUGGGUCUUCAUUGGAUGCGAUAUAUUCUCCAUUGUGGUUCAGGCAGCAGGUGGCGCAAUAGCAGGCAGCGCUAAAAGCGACAACCCGACAUUGCUGAAAGUUGGCAACGAUACAAUGAUAGCGGGCAUUGGGAUACAAGUCGUUACCAUGGUGAUUUGCAGCCUUCUCGCUUUGGAUUUCGCCAUCAGGUACCUCAAACGAGCCGAGCGUCCAAGAAAGAGCAUGUCAAUCGACCACACAAGGUUCCGACUCUUUUGUGUUGCAGAGGUUUUUGCUUUCAUUGCCGUGUUAAUUCGCUGCAUAUAUCGUAUACCCGAAAUGGCUGGCGGCUGGGGAAACUCGCUGAUGAGAAAAGAAGAUGAAUUCUUGAUCCUCGAUGGAAUGAUGGUGGCAUUGGCUGCAGCUACGCUGACCCUAUUUCACCCGGGCCUUUUCUUUCCUUUAAUGAGCGGUCGAUGGAAGACGGAAGCAAAGCUCAACAAUGAACGUGAAGUGUUGUUCUCUAUGCAAGGCAUGCAGCAAGAACAGCAAUCCAAAAGGCCAUCUAGCGGCGCACAUUGAGAGCUAUAUCCAAGCAAGUCAACAACUCCUGAAUCAGAUCUUGGACAGGAAAUCACCAAAAGAAAAGACAGUCCAACAAACAUUUCAAUGAUUAACAUACCAA